GGUCAGGUUUGCUUUUGCCAGCACUUCUUCCCACCAUCAAAUCGCUUCUUCAUUCUUCAUUCGUUUAUUCUUGUUUUUGUUCAUUCAUUCGUUCUUUUUUUGGUUCUUUCUACGUUCGACCGACACGCCACACCCGUCGUCGCCAUCAACACGAGAACUGGAUGGUACAUUUCGCUCGCUUCACUGACAAUCAACAUAUUUCGAACGCGAUAAACCCCGCCAAAUUAUACACCUAGAUUGGAUCUUGGUGGUUUUUUUCUGAGGUCCCGCUAUAGAAGACAAGACACUACGUAUUUGAUCAUACUCGACUAAUCAAGACCCACAACCAUCGUGCUCGAGUGGAGGCGCGACACUAAAAUCGCACACUGUUUACAUUGUCGCAUGAGUCAAGUCGUCAUAUUUUGGUGGAAAUAAUUUGGGAAAACUGAAUAAUAACUAAUCCGAAUUGAAGAUUUUUAAUUCUUCAAUUGUCGGAAAACAUGAGGUUUUCAAUAGGGAAACCGCUAUUAGCGGCGAUAUCCUUCGCGUCCGUCAUCUUACCCGCGACGGCCGAACGAAUACUUCAAUCUACCUCUCUAAACGUUUGUCAGGAAAAUUCGGGAUUUUCGGCUAGUUUAUUCAGUGUUGUCUAUAACCCAAGUGAAGGAAGGGCCCAUGUUAAUAUUACCGCCCUCUCUACUAUCGAAGCGAAGGUCAUUUUCGAUAUCGAUAUCAGCGCUUACGGCUACUCGUUUUUGCACACGGUUAUUAACCCUUGUGAUGUUGGUUUGGCUGGUUUCUGUCCUAUGUUGUCAGGAAAAUUGGGAGACCCUUUCGUCCUAGAUGUUCCUCCUGGCUCUACAUCUAACAUUCCAUCUAUCGCCUACGAUUUCCCCGAUCUCGAUGCUAAGGUCAGAAUCUACAUCAACGCUACCGAUGGUGAUCAAGCCGGCCAUAAUGUUGCCUGUGUUGAGGCUUUGGUUUCGAACGGACAGACUGUUGAUUUAGUCGGUGUUAAAUGGGCGUCCGCCGUAGUGGCUGGGUUAGCCCUUGCAUCAUCUGCCUUGCUAUCGGGUUUGGGCCACACAAAUGCCGCUUCGCACGUCGCCGCAAACGCCCUGUCACUAAUGAGCUACUUUCAAUCGCAAGCCAUGAUUGGUCUUGUUGGAAUCCCGCUACCCCCGGUUGUGCAAUCGUGGACCCAGGAUUUCCAGUGGAGCAUGGGUAUCAUCAACGUGAACUUCUUGGAACGCAUUUUCACUUGGUACCAGCGAUCAACAGGAGGCACACCAUCUACACUAAUCACACAGGUAGAUUCUCUCGCGACCGUGUCUGUUGAAGUACAGAAACGUGCUGUCAGCCUCUUUCGACGUGGCGCCGCGAUGCUUCCUCGCGCUCUGGUAGAGCAGGGUUCGAAUCUCAUGAAGAGAGGAAAUGUCCAGACCCAGUACGGCAGCUAUAUCGUAUACGGCAUUCAGCGUGUUGCCUUUCGAGCAGGAAUUGAAAGCACAAAUCUAUUCUUGACAGGACUCGUUUUCUUUUAUCUCGUUAUGGCCUUUACCGCUCUCUUCGUCGUUGCUUUCAAGGGUAUCUGCGAACUAGCCGCGAAGCAGAGAUGGAUCAAGGGCGAUACUUUCCUAGAGUUCCGAAAUGGCUGGCGCACCGUACUGAAAGGAAUUCUCUUCCGAAUGGCUCUCAUUGGACAUGCUCCAGUGACGAUUCUUUGCUUCUGGGAGUUUACUCAGAGCGACUCCCCUGCUGAGAUGGUCUUGGCUGUAUUCUUCCUCCUCGCUCUUAAUGGUGUUCUUGCCUGGGCAGCUUACAAAGUUAUUCGCAUCGCGCAUCGUUCAGUUACAUUACACAGGAACCCGGCGUAUAUCCUGUUUUCGGACCCUCUUACUCUUAACAAGUGGGGUUUCCUCUACAUCCAGUUCCGUGCUUCGGCUUAUUACUUCAUCGUUCCUCUUCUCGGAUACAUCGUUGUCAAAGCCCUAUUCAUUUCCUUCGCCCAGAACUCUGGAAUCGUCCAAGCUAUCGCAUUCAUGCUCAUUGAAGCCGCUGCUCUAAUUGCUGCCUCCGUACUUCGACCUUGGAUGGACAAGAAGACGAACUCCUUCAACAUCGCCAUCUACGCUGUCAAUUUUAUCAAUUCUAUCUUCCUUCUCAUCUUUACCGACGUAUUUAACCAGCCUGGAAUUGUAACCGGUGUCGUUGGCGUCGUACUAUGGAUUUUGAACGCGGCCUGCACAUUGGUGCUUCUACUUAUGUUGAUCAUCACUACAGGUAUUGUUAUUUUCCACGGUAACCCAGACGGUCGCUACAAGUUCAUGGCCGACGACCGCACUUCCUUCAUGAAGUCCCAAAGCCAACUAGCCACCACUACCGAACUAGACGCUCUAGCGAUGACUGCCCGUGGAGAGAAGCCAGGAUACUCUUCGGCUCUCGACUUGGACGAUGACGAACCCGUGAACCCUCGAGAUUCUUUGUACCGGGGUCAAGGAUCUAUAGCUAAUUCGGCUUCCAACAACUCGCAUCAUGCGCCUUCACACUACGCACCGCCUCGGUCUCCCGUGGACCCAAUCAACAGAACUGCUAGUCCGUAUAACGGAUCUAUUCAAUCUUCGAUUGCACGUUCACAAAACAACAACAGCCCGGCCGGAGGCAGACCACCUGCAAGCCCAAGUCCUUGGCAACGCGGAGCCGGCUAUGAACACUGAAGGAAUUAAUGUAUAAUGAGUGUUCCUUUAACUCGGCCCAGCGGUCUAGCGAGCGAGCCACGAAAAGCAUUUGUGAGAUAAGGGUUAGCUUUUUUGUCGGCCUACCGAUAUACCCCGCGAGAUCGAGUUACGUAUCAAGUACGACAAAAACGAAUCGAGAACGUCCACAACGACUUCUCUUUUCCAUACGGUUGACCAUCACACGAGCCGAGGUGCUUUGGAGGGUAGUUUAAAUUCACGUCAUCGGCGUUCUGGAGACGGACAAAUUCUUUUUUUGCGACUGGCAUUAUUGGGUUUAUACGGCGAUCCUGAGAUACGAUCUGCGUUGAAUAUUCGGUGGAUUUUACCCGAAUUACUAGCUUCUAUGUAUACAAUUUGCCGUUAGACCUACGGUAUAAAUGAAUUAUUAUCCCAUCUAAGACUGCUCCCGAAGAAAGCUGUGUGCUUGAACUGGUUUUCGUGGUUACGUGUUUGUGGGUGCGAGCGCCAUUGAAACAGGCUCGAGCGUCGAUCUGACAUCGAAGCCAUUCAAGGCAUAAGUAUAUCAAACAAGAUCCCCCAAGCGCUCAAAGCAUUCACAUCAUAUCAACUUGUUAUACAAAAUAAUACUUUGGAGUACUUGGUAGGUCAUUUAGAAACGGAACAAAAU